GAAUCAAACUUACACUUCCUCUCAACAACUGUCCUCUGCACACCUCAACCCAUUGCAGUCUCAAUGUUGUAUGCCACCUUCGCAAUGUGGGCUAUCCUUUAAAAAGGGCUACAAAGGAGUAUCUUUUUAGAAUUUUAGUAAAUCAAGGGUAGAGGAUGAUGGAAUCGAAUGAGAAGUGGAAGGGAAGGGUAUCAGCAAGGCUACAAAAGGCCACCGCCGAUCAUAUCUGGCCACUUUUUCUUGAUUUCUUCGGCCUCAAUAAAUGGUUCCCAGGCCUAGCCGUUUGCCACGGCGUUCACGGCACCAACGGAGAGCCCGGAUGCGUCCGCUACUGCGCCGGAUUCUCCCUCCCGUCGGAGAGCGGCGACGGCGCCACCACCAGUUGGUCCAAAGAAAUCCUGACGGCCGUCGAUCCGGUCAAUCGGAGCCUUAGGUAUGCCAUCGUGGACUCCAACAUCGGGUUUGAAUCGUAUAGUUCGACGGUCAAGAUUGUUCCCGACAACAACGGCGGUGGGGGGUGCGCGAUCGAGUGGUGGUUCGAGGUGGAUCCGGUGGAGGGUUGGCGGCUUGAGGAUCUGGUGAAGAAAUAUGAAUCUGGGCUUCAACUCAUGGCUAAGAAGAUGGAGGAUUCUUUUGAAGUUUCUGAGUUAUGAUCUUCGGAGUUAUCGCCCUUGUAAUGGUAUGUAAACUUUCUCAUUGUAGACUAUUGGUGAC